AUGGCUGGAAAUGCUGAAGAUAUCAGAAACGCUCUCAUCGGCGAUGCUCCUGAGGUUACACCGGUUGAAAUCGAAUCUCUUUGCAUGAACUGUGAACAGAAUGGUGUUACUCGUCUUUUGUGUACUUCAAUUCCGUACUACAAAUCCAUUAUCGUAAUGUCAUUUGAAUGUCCUCAUUGUGGCUUCAGGAACAACGAAAUUCAAAGUGGGGAAGCCGUGCAGGAACAUGGAACCGAAAUUGUUCUCCGAGUUUCGGAGGAAGAUGAUCUCCGCCGACAGCUAGUGAAAUCCGAGUAUGCUUCAAUAGAAGUUCCAGAGCUCGAACUUGUGAUUCCUGCUAAAACACAACCGGGAGAAGUUACAACUGUAGAAGGAGUGCUAGAGCGAGUGCAUACCGGUCUAUCACAAGGCCAGGAUACACGAAGAAAGAUGGACCCUGAAGGUGCUAUUAAAAUAGACGACUUCCUUGUUAAGCUUCAAAAAUGCAUUGAACUGACUGAGAAGUGGACUCUGAAACUGCACGAUCCAACUGGGAACUGUUUUAUUCAAAAUCCUGAUCCUCGUCAUGUUGACCCACGUUGCAUUGUUUCGCACUAUCAUAGGAAUAUUGAAGAAAGGAAACUUCUUGGACUAACCGAUGAUGAUCUAGAAGAUGACGAGCGUGCUCCAGAAUGGAAGUCUUAUGACGAUGUUAAAAAAGAGGUCCUUCAUUUUCCCGUAGAUUGUCCCAAUUGUGGAGCACAUACAGAAGUGUUGAUGAAGCCGACAGAUAUUCCUUACUUCCAAACCGUCAUUAUCAUGGCGUUGGCAUGCGAGAACUGUGGUCACAAGACGAAUGAAGUGAAAAGCGGUGGUCCUAUCAAGGAACAAGGGUGCCGCCUAUCCAUCACUAUCAAGGAAGAUGUCGACCUAGCUCGAGACGUUCUGAAGUCUGAUACAUGCUCUAUGCGGAUUCCUGAACUUGAUUUGGAGGUUGGAAGUGGUGCACUGUGCAGUCGUUUCACCACAGUUGAAGGUCUCUUAUCGGCCACUCGCGACCAGUUAUCCACCCAAUCAUCAUUCUUUAUGGGUGACAGUGCAUCGAGCAACGAGCGAAGUCAAAUAGUAAAAUUGAUGGAGGAGUUUGAUGAUAUUCUUUCCUUGAAGAAAGUUGUAACUUUGGUUUUGGAUGACCCCGCUGGCAAUAGCUAUAUUCAGAGUUUGAAUGCACCACUCGAAGAUCCUCGUCUGACGAAAGAAUUCUAUGAGCGGACAUUUGAACAAAACGAUGAGCUGGGCUUGAAUGACAUGAAAGUAGAAAACUAUGGAGACCUCGAAACUUUGCAAGAAGAACUCGCUGGGGAAACUGCUGCAAGUUGA